AUGGCUCAAUUAAAUCUCUGUUCUCUCGUCCUAGUUGCUUCCUUUGCGUUACUACUCGCGAUUCAUCUCUCCGCAGCUCAUCCCCGAAAACUAAUGAAAUCGACCAAGAUACCUUCCCUCAACGAGGUGAAGGGCUACCUCCAGGCAUAUGGAUACAUGGAAAGGUCCGAGGACCACCCAACUGGCACCAGUGGUGACUCCCCGAUCACCGAGUCAUCCCUAAAGCCCGCUAUCAGGAUGUACCAGGAGUGGAACCACCUGGAGGUAACCGGGAAGCUGAACUCGGAGACUAUAGCUAGAAUGAUGACUCCUCGGUGUGGUACGCCGGAUAUCGUCCGGAUACCAGAUAAAGGCGUGCACCAUGAGUCAAAGCCGGGAAAGUUCCGCGUGGUCGCUCACUAUUCCUUCUUCAAGAAUAUGAAUCCGUGGUCACAGAGGCAGCUCACGUACAGCUUCACGUCCACGAUCCCAUCAGUUCCGAUUGGGGACCUUAGGGCCAUCUGCACCCGGGCUUUCCAGCACUGGGCAGCAGUCUCACCAUUCCAGUUCCGGGAGGCCGGACAGGGCGAGGUGGCUAACAUCAUGAUAGGAUUUUAUACAGGAGACCAUGGUGAUGGCUAUCCCUUCGAUGGACUAGGCCACACCUGGGCCCAUGCUUUUUCCCCUCGUGAUGGGAGGCUCCACUACGAUGGAUCUGAGAACUGGAGCAUAUCUACUCCAACCACAGACCAAACGGACUUGGAAUCCGUAACACUGCACGAGAUCGGGCACACCCUGGGGCUCGCCCACAGCCAGGACCCUGACGCUGUCAUGUAUGCUUAUAUAAAUACCGGAGUCAUCAAGAGGCAGCUCCAGCAAGAUGAUAUCAAUGGAAUCCAAGCUCUGUAUCCUUCCAAGUAA